CCUGGACGGUGCACCGCUGUCUGGGGCAUGUGCUGUGUGGGUGUCAAGGUUGCUAUGCGCUCCUUGUCCCCCCAUCCCACGCCUUCAUCCUGACUUGGGAGUGCGUGCUUGUGUGUGUAUGUGCCCAGCACGCCUAGUGUCCUCAGAGAAAGCACAGCCAAUGCCCAUGGACACGAGUGUGUAUGAGAGCCCCUACAGUGACCCUGAGGAGCUCAAGGACAAGAAGCUCUUCCUGAAGCGGGAGAACCUCCUCAUGGCUGACAUAGAACUUGGCUGUGGCAACUUUGGCUCAGUACGCCAGGGCGUCUACCGCAUGCGCAAGAAGCAGAUCGAUGUGGCCAUCAAGGUGCUGAAGCACAGCACGGAGAAGACAGACAAGGAUGAGAUGAUGCGCGAGGCACAGAUUAUGCACCAGUUGGACAACCCCUACAUCGUGCGGCUCAUCGGCGUCUGCCAGGCCGAGGCCCUCAUGCUCGUCAUGGAGAUGGCAGGCGGCGGGCCCCUGCACAAGUUCCUGCUCGGGAAGAAAGAGGAGAUCCCCAUCAGCAAUGUGGCGGAGCUGCUGCACCAGGUGUCCAUGGGGAUGAAAUACCUGGAAGAGAAAAACUUUGUGCACCGUGACCUGGCGGCCCGCAAUGUCUUGCUGGUCAACCGGCACUACGCCAAGAUCAGUGACUUUGGUCUCUCCAAGGCACUGGGUGCCGACGACAGCUACUACACUGCCCGCUCGGCAGGGAAGUGGCCGCUCAAGUGGUAUGCGCCUGAGUGCUUCAACUUCCGCAAGUUCUCCAGCCGCAGUGACGUCUGGAGUUAUGGGGUCACCAUGUGGGAGGCCUUCUCCUAUGGCCAGAAGCCCUACAAGAAGAUGAAGGGCCCCGAGGUCAUAGCCUUCAUCGAGCAGGGCAAGCGGAUGGAGUGCCCGGCAGAGUGUCCGCCUGAAAUGUAUACACUCAUGAAUGACUGCUGGAUCUACAAGUGGGAGGACCGCCCAGACUUCCAGGCCGUGGAGCAGCGCAUGCGGGCCUACUACUACAGUAUGGCAAGCAAGUCUGAAGGCCCCCCAGGGUGUGGAAAGGGGACUGAGGCUGCUUCUAUCUGA